UUUGAAGUCAGACAUUUGACUUUCAUUGUAAUAUUUUUUCUUUGUAAUUUUCACUCACCAUUUGUACGCUCAUGUCGCGCUUGUUGCUCGUGAUCUAUUUUUGCCUCUCCAAUUUGCCGUUUUCGCUACAAGACAUAUGCACCUAUUGCAAGUGUGCGCACGGACAAUACGCCGACGAGCCGAUUUGGAUUGAUAUGGGCAAAAAGUAUGAAAUAUCCGUGCUUGGACACUCGUGUGGACGACCGGUGGAGUACACGUGGAAGGCUGUCAGCGGCACUGGCGAGAUUUUAGCCGAUUUUGGAAAGACUACCGUUCCACGCGUUAUUUGGAUGCCAUAUACAGUGUCGGUGAGGCCUGAUACAAAGGGCACAAAUAAUCGUAUUGUCGUGACAAAGAGCGAUGGACGCACAACGGGGCGUUGUGAGUGCCACAUAGACUUUGUCAAUCUGGAUAUCUAUAGUCACAUCGAUGGUGCUGGCAUAAUGUCAAUUGGUCGGGAGCAAGCUAUAGAGUUGGAUGGCUCGCACAGCUACGAUUUUAGCCAACCAAAAGGCAAGCAACGGUACACGUUUGAAUGGCGUUGCCAACCAGUUGAGCACGAUUUCAAUAACCAAUAUUGUAAGAAUGACACUAUUUUGUGCACUACUCCCAAAUGUAAUAUAGACGGCAGAUAUCUCUCAUUAAUGGGUCUUUAUAAGGUCACACUCCAUACGAAAUCCCUUGUUACUGGUGCAAUUGCCGGUGAUUAUUUAUACAUAAAAGUCGAGUAUGGCACCAAAUUUCCAUUGAUGCUCCUUUGUGAACGCAACUGUUGGGAUUACUUUUACAACGACGAUUCAAGCAUGUCUAUACAUGCUGAUUGUAUUGGCUAUUGUGGCGACUUGCGCAAAUUCUACUUUUCAGUUGACGAUAAAUUCAUAACGACAAACAGUGAUGGUAAAGUACAUUUCAUGCCACCGAAGGCGGCCUCAUUCAAGUUUAAUGUCACGCUCGUAGCAAACGGUAUCGAUAGCGAAGCAAUAGCCACUUUCAAACGCAACGAUCCACCGGCAGGUGGCAGCUGUACGAUUACACCUCAGAAAGGCAUACCGGGUGAUACGCUCUUCAAAGUCGCCUGCGACAAUUGGACUGAUCGAAAUUUACCGAUUUAUUAUGUGCUAAAAGCAGGUAAUCUGCUAUAUGAUCGCACAACCGAUCCGCAUUGGGAUAUUUACGUGCCACAAGUAACGGCGCUCAACUUUCGCAUAUGCGACAACCUUGAUGCCUGCCAAAAAUACCAAGUGCCGAUAGAGCUAACAAAACCGGACAUACCAAAGGGGCUGAAAAAUAUCCUAGAGUACAUGAAACAGCCAGCAAACAAUGUGAAACGUUUGCUCGAAGGCGGUCAGUACGCACGCGCUGUGGUCAAAGCAACGCUUAUGAUGGCGGAGCAGCCGCUGAAUGUAAUUAAAAAUGUGCUGUCGGCAUUCAAGAACUUUAAGGCCGACUCCUUGACGGAUCUGCGCCAACUGGGCACUAUGACUAGCGAGCUGAUAGAUCCAAUGGGGAACUUAACGAGCGAAAAGGUGAACGUGUUUAAUGAACUGUUGGAUAAAAUGUGUGACGGUUUUGUCAAAGUUAUUGAAAAUGGCGACAUAAAGGAUAUGCACAAGGAAGAAGUUAGGGAUAUGACCGAAGAAUUGGUGGGCAUGGUAUCGAAGUUUUCAAAUAAUUCAGAGCAAUUUGUUGACGUGCAAUCGCUGUUGUGGGAAUUCGAAGGUGGCAUGAUUCAAGUAGCAGAUGAGCGCGCCGCUUUAGAGCCGAAGUUCGCACAGCUUAUCGAAUAUUACGGUGCACAUACGAAGCUUAAUGACACGAUCUUAACAGCCAUUAAUAUAUGGAUGCAUGCCAUAUGUCGUUCCUUCGAAUUAUUGCGUGACAUUGGUGUGGCAAGUAGUCUCAAGGUGCAUAAGGGUGAUCAAGACUUUGUUGUUGAUAAACUAACGGUGCAAAUGAUAACUUUCAGCAUGAAUAAUAAUAAAGAUUUGACCGUGGUCUCAUUGGACGAAUUAACCACAGCGGUGCUCACUAAACCAAUGCUACAGGAUAUGCAAGCGAAGUUGGGUGGCGCUGAAAUGACUGCACAGAUGAUUUCGUUCAAGGAGAACCCAUUCUGGUGGUAUCCCACAGAACAUCCCAUUACCACUUCCGUCUUCUACUUCAGCGCAUUCAGUGAAGCUGACCUAACGAUUUCAGGUAUCAAGCUCCAAGUACCGUUCAAAUUUGAAAUGCUGCAAAAACGCAUACCAAAGAAGCCGCCUUUGCUACGUGGUUAUGUGGAGGCUGCUGACGAAAUGCCGAUCUAUCAAAUACGCACGCCAGAGGGCGCCGCUGUCAUUAUCAAUUUCAUAAAAGUCGAGAUGGAUAUGGAGGUGCUGGUACAAUGCAAUAAAAUGCCAAAUCUGAAAGCAGUGCGUGAAGAGGGGAAGCAAGUGAAGUUGAAUAUCACAAGCAAUGAGAUCCGCAAAAAUGGCACGAAAUAUGCAGAUUCGAAUUAUGGCGACAAAACUGAUUGGUGUUAUGUGGCACUAAUCGCCGCAAAGGGGGCGCAAGUGCAACGUAGAGUUCAUUAUGCCUUCACAGUGGAGCUAUACGAAUGCCUCUCUUGGAAUGUCAACUUGGAUAACCCCACAUGGCAGAGUGAGGGUUGCGUCGCUGCAAUCGAUCCAGAAGGUGGCGAUAAUAUCACCUGCCUUUGCUAUCACAUGUCCAUAUUCUCUGGUUGUUCCUACUACAGCACAGCCGAUGAGACGGUGCGCGAUCGCAGCCUAAAGCAACACUUGGAUGUUAACUGGUAUGUAGUGGCAUUCUACAUCUUACUACUAUUGGUUUUCUUGUGGUUGCUGCUACGCGCUUGUGACGAUCUUACAACGAACCAUGACAAGUUGUUCACCGAGUUGAGUGAAAACGAUCAAUACAUGAUGCGAAAUAUUGCGUUACAUAUAACCACGGGUAGUCAAUGGACUGCAGCAAGUUCGGCAAAUAUACUGAUUUCAUUGCCAAGCGGUCAAACGUACACGGUCACACAAAAUCCAGAGCGUCCCUUUCUGAGGCCGCAUACAACUUGCGUGCUGGAACUGCCUGUACAUGCCAAUCAACUCAAGGCACCGCUGCAGAUAAGUCAAGAUAAAAGUGGCCGCUAUCCAUCGUGGUACUGUGAGGCCAUAACUAUUGUCAAUCUAACGACUGGCCAGAAGCAACACUGCACGGUACGCAAAUGGAUUGGUAGAACGCCGGUGCGUGUGCAACCCGAUAACACCGAGGAUGUAAAUGACAAGGAGGACAUCAAAAGCGAAAAGUUGUCAGGAGCGCAAAGAUGGAAGAAAAUUAAAGCCGCCUAUCAUGAUGUAUUCAUGGCUUGGUUUCUCUUUCAGCCGCUCUUCGGUAGCUGGAAUUAUGGCAUGAUCGAGUCGAAUCGUUUCGUGCGCAGUUGCAUUUGGAUUUCCAAGUUCGCGAUUAUACUUUUGUUAGUGUUUUUAUAUUUCGGUGAAACCAAUUUGGAUAAUUACGAAGCGGAGCGAUAUGAUUUUCAGACUUUAAUACAACUUAUCGAUGGCUGGUUUGUGCUCUACCUUAUCGCUUGCUAUUUCAUAACGUUGACAUUGGAAUUGUUGUUGCUCUUGUUUGUGUAUCCCGACUUCUGGAGAGGUUUCAAAGGCUCAGCCAAUAGAAAAGAUAUUAAUUUGCAGACGAAAGUGAAUCCAUCCUCAAACGAAAGCUACGCAGAAAACAAGUCAAAUGAUAAACGAAACCUUAGCACAGAAACAAACCUUGAAAGUGAAAAAGGAUUUAUGAUGUAUUAGUGAGUGGGUGGGAGAGGCACAGGCGGAAAAAGUAGUACACCUUAUAAAAAUUGUUACAUAAUCUUAUAUACAAUUGAUUUAACUAAUGACUUAAGUUUAGAUUUUUUGUUAUUUUGUUACUCUUCAUAUAUUUUCAUCAUUAUCAGUUGUUGUCACAAUAGUCCGUUAGUUGCUUGUUCGUUGUUCAUAUAUUUAUUUGAAAAUUUUUAUAUUAUGCAGCGUCUACCAGUAGGAAUGAUGUGAUUUUGACAGCUCGUGGCGGCCAUGUUUGUUUACGGAUUAGUGUACAAUUUUGUUCGUGUAUUCAGUUGGUACAAUGAUUGGGAAUUAUCCAAUAUUAUUACGCAAAUCCAUAUUCCCCGAUGGGUACUGUGCUUUUAUUCCACGAAAAAUCAUUUUUUCAGAUAAGGCCCAUUGCUGGCGUAAUGGCUUUGUCAACAAACAUAAUUGUCACUAUUGGACUGAGUCAAAGCCUCAUGCGGUUCAGGAAGCGUAAUUGCAUUCCAAAAACACAAAAAAAUAAUAAUCCAUUUUGAACAAAUUCAAGUGUCUUAUUUCAUUUUAACAUCACGUCAUUCUUGUUGGUGGACCCUAUACAUACGUUCUUCCGCAAAAAUAAAAUAUAUUAUGUAACUCCUAGUCUCCUUUUGGCAUGCUUUCAUCCAUGUUAAAAGAUGAAAUGCUUAAAAGAGAUAAAGUUCUUUAGGCGAUUUGGCUUUCUGCACUUUAACCGCAUAAAGUCAUUUCAGCUAAAUAUGCACCGCUAAUCAAAAAGUCUGAAAAGUUGCAGAGAAGCUGCUAUUUGUGGCUUCUGCUCUAACAUAAGAUCUGACAAAUGUAAGAAACUCAUGCUGGCUUAUAAAAGCAAAUUCACUAAAACUGUCAAAAUUCUUUUACGUAACUAAAGUAAGGUUUCGAAAGCUUUGAAAUGACAAUUACAGCUGGCUUAAUUUGAUUCAUAAUCAUUCAAAUGAACCUACCCUGCAAUAAAACAAUCUAGUGGCAUAAAUACCCACAAUAUCAUACAGGUAACAAACACAUUCUCUUGUUGUUAAUAUUAAAAAAGGGGAGUAGACAAAGGAAUCAUUUCACAUGAAUUUGUGUCACACAAAUACCAAAUUAAUAAAAAUCAAUUAGCAAAA